AUGCCCUUGGUCUAUUGGAAAAAUGCACAACGUAACCUGCUGUAUAAACAUUACAUAAACUUCCCUCCAGCAGUGGAUUUGAGCAAUAAUAUGAUGGAUGGAACAGUCUGGAAGGAGAUUGGCAACUUGAGACUUCUUCAGGUGCUUGACCUGAGCAACAACAACUUCACAGGUUCUAUUCCUUAUGAAUUGUCAGGCCUUCGCAAUUUAGAGACAUUGGACUUGUCUUUCAAUGAUCUAUCAGGGACAAUACCUGCCUCCCUUGUCGACCUUACGUUUCUUUCUUCGUUCAAUGUUGCUCAUAACCACUUGCAGGGCCAAAUUCCCAUGGGAGAAAAAGGGAUGGUUAACACCUCCCUUUCAAUCAAGAAAAGAAACAUCGAUGGUAGUCAACUGUUACGGCUUCCCUGUUUGCUUUCGAUGGCAAAGUCCGCUAGUCUUCCUUUUAUCUUGGUUCCAUGUGACCAAGGGAAACACCUACACGAGCUGACAACAAGAGCCAUGAAAGGUCUCUGGCAGGUGCUUCCUAUGUAUCCUCUCUUUUGCGCCAUUUUCUUUAUAUCUCUCUAUUCCCAACCUUGUGCUUCCAAUUCCAAAAAUCUCAGCUGCAAUUCUAAUGAUCUGAGAGAGCUAGAGGCUUUCUCAAAUGGUCUUGAUUCGAGGAUCGAUGGGUGGAAAUUUCAUGAUGCUCCUGCUGCAAACUGUUGCAGUUGGCCUGGGGUGCGCUGUGCUUUGUUCUCAGUUUUUUCCUCGUCCUCAAUAAAUUCUACCAAUCCAUGCUUAAGGGUCGUCGGUUUGGAUCUCGCAAGCAAGGAUCUGAAAGGGCUUCUCCCGAAUUCUGUGUCAGGUUUGGAUCGGUUGAGCUUCCUCAACCUCUCCCAUAACUCCCUACGAGGCACUGUCCCUCCAGAGUUGUUUCAUUUACGGCGGAUGGAGGUGCUGGACCUGAACAGCAACAACUUCACUGGUGAGCUAGGUAAGGGUAUCAGUAACCUUACAAGCUUGUCCUACCUCGACGUCUCCUUCAACCGAUUCACCGGAUUCAUUCCGGAUUCAUUUCAUGGCCUUCAGAGGCUGGAGAGUUUCUCCGCUGAAUCCAACCGUUUGGAAGGUCGAUUACCCAAUUCACUCUCAUCUUGCUCGAUGCUUGGUUUGCUUAAUCUGAGAAAUAAUUCUCUUGAUGGAAAUAUUGACCUUAAUUUCGCUAGUUUGGUUCAACUAGUUGUUCUCAAUCUCGGAUCUAAUCGUUUUUCCGGUCAUAUCCCGAAGAGCUUGUCUUCUUGCAGAGCUUUGCAGGUUCUAAACCUUGCUAGUAAUAAUCUCCAUGGAAAAAUUCCCAAUAGUUUUAGGAACCUUCACGCUCUCUCCUAUCUGUCAGUGUCCAAAAACAGUCUUUCCAAUGUUUCAGUGGCAUUGCAAACACUACAGGAGUGUCAGAAUCUGACGGUCCUUAUCCUUACAAUGAAUUUUUAUGGAGAAGAGUUGCCUAAUAACGGAAUUCAAGGAUUUCACAGUUUGCAAGCUCUGGUUGUAGCAGUUUGUGCUCUCACUGGUUCGAUUCCCUCGUGGUUAGCGAAUAUCAAAGAGUUGAGUUUGCUAGAUUUGUCUUGGAAUCACUUCACUGGUGGCAUUCCACUGUGUAUUGGGAGCCUGGAUUAUCUCUUUUACCUGGACCUGUCAAAUAACUCACUCACUGGCGAGAUUCCUAUGAGCUUAACGAAACUAAAAACCCUCAAUUCUGAUUCUCUUUCACACAAUGGGUCUUCUUCUCAUGGCAUCCCCUUCUUCUCUUGGAAAAAUCCAACACGUCUCCUGUGGUACAAACAAUAUAUGAACUUCCCCCCAACAGUGGAUUUGAGCAAUAAUAUGAUGGAUGGAACAAUCUGGAAGGAGAUUGGCAACUUGAGGCUUCUUCAGGUGCUUGACCUGAGCAACAACAACUUCACAGGUUCUAUUCCUGAUGAAUUGUCGGGCCUUCGGAAUUUAGAGACAUUGGACUUGUCUUUCAAUGGUUUAUCAGGGACAAUACCUGCCUCCCUUGUCAACCUUACGUUUCUAUCUUCGUUCAAUGUUGCUCACAACCACUUGCAGGGCCAAAUUCCCAAGGGAGGUCAGUUUUCAACCUUCUCGAGUUCGAGCUUCGAAGGGAAUCCUGGUCUCUGUGGUGAAUUUUUCUUAGUUUGCAACUCCACUUCAAAGCCUCCCGAGGAGGAGGAAAAUGACAGAGAAGAAAGUAAUUUUGUUCUCGAAGGACUGCCUCUUGCGAUGGGAUUCAUAUCUGGCUUUCUCCUGAUAGUAAUCCUCUUCAGCAAAUUCUGCCGUUACUGAAACAGGGUUGAUGGAAAAUGAUGAUGACCCCCAAAGGGAGACUGUAGUGUAUCUCGCCAUUAUAUGUCGUGUUCUUGGAUGUCUAAAUGGAUUAUAUAUUCUUGUAUUAUUCUGUUUUGACACCUGAUGAAUGUGCAGAGUCAUACUAGGACAGAGCCAUGAUUUCAA